UCGAGAUCACCCCGUUGGUUGCGUCUUAUCCCGCCUGCGGCCCGCCACGAGAAAGCUAAGGAAAGCUUCCUUCCGAUCCGGCGAUCCCCAACGUCUUGGCAGUUCGCACCCUCGACGCCUCCUCGGCGCCCGCCAUGGCUCCCAAGCUCCGGCGGCUCACGGACAGGCUCCUCUCCCAGGGGUCCGCUGCGGAUGCGCACCACGCGGUGGCACGCGCGACGGCGCACCACCCUUCCACGGCCCCGCCGUCCGCGCACCACCUGGACGCGCUCCUCGCCUUCGGCCGCGGCUCGCGCCUCUCCGCCGCGGCGCUCGCAUCCGCGCUCGUCGGCCGCCUCCGCGCCGCGGCGUCGGGAGACGGCGACGCCCCGGUGGCGCUCAAGUGCCUCGUCGCGCUCAGGGUCCUGCUCGCGCGGGGCGCGUUCAUCCUCCGCGACCAGCUCCUCGCCAAGCUCGUCCGGCACCCCGCCUCGGGACGGAACCCACUCGCGCUCGCCGCGUUCCCGCUCGGCCGCUCCUCCUUCGCCGCCGCGUCAUGGGUCCGGUUCUCCGCGCGCCUCCUCGAGCUCCUCCUCCUUCUCCCCGAUGCCCCCGCCGACGACGCCGAGUACCUCGCCGCGCUCCCCAACCCGCACCUCGUUGCCGAGCUCAAAGCCUUCGCCGCCGUCGCGGACGCUGUCCGCAACGCCCCGCCCCCUUCCUCCGCGCCGGAACACAACGCCCUCAUCUGGGAAGCCAUCCGUCUCUCCGAGGAGGACCGCGUCGCGGCGGAGCGCAACGUCGCAGCGCGGGUCCAGGAGAUGGGCGAGCGCCUCGACACGCUCUCCCUGGCGGACGCGGUGGAGCUGGUGUGCGUGCUGAGGCGAGUGGAGGAGAGCGCGGCGUCGUCAUCGCUGCCCCCGGAGUGGAAGUGGGCGGCGCUGGACGAGCGCGUCGUUUGCGCGGCGCGGCGGCUCCGCGGCCGCGCGGAGGAGGUGGUGCUGCGGAGGACCGGGGAGGAGAGGCGCGUGGUGCGGAGGGACGCCGGGCCCAGCGCGUCCGCGCGCGUCCUGUUGCCUAUCUGCUCCGGUGGUAGCGAGGCCAUCCGGUUCGGAUCCACGCGGUCGGCUGGCACAAUUUCUGCAUGGAGAUAGGGCAAUGUUACUCACAAACCCAGAAUUUCCGAAGGCAAAUUUUUGCAGAAUUUUCGUUGUAUUUUCACGUUACUCAUAAAUUAGGACAUUUGCGUGCUGUUUUUCUUUUUAAAAUGAAAGCAACAAUGAUGUGCAUACUCCACGAAAUAUGAAGUGCUUGCUGCUAGAAAUAAUAUCACUUUCAGAUUUAAUUUAAUUUUUAAUAUCAAUAUCGACUAUAUGUC